CCCUCACUCUCUCACUCCUCCACUCUCUCUCUCUCUAGAUCACAAAUCAUAUAUAUAUAUAUAUAUAUAAUUAGAUCGGGCAAUAAUUAUCAAAAAAAAAUCAAUCGAUCAAUGGACCCAAUAGCCCAACAAAUGUUGUCCCCAACCACCACCGAAACCGCAGGUUUCACCAUCACCACCGUUCCUCCGGCGACAAUCGCCGCCGCGUCGUCGUCGUCGGCGACGGAAUCUCCACCCAGAUCCUCCACCGGCGGCGGGUCCCUGAGCCGGUACGAGAACCAGAAGCGGCGCGACUGGAACACGUUCGGACAGUACCUCCGCAACCACCGGCCGCCGCUGUCCCUCGUGCGGUGCAGCGGCGCGCACGUGCUGGAGUUCCUCCGGUACCUGGACCAGUUCGGCAAGACGAAGGUCCACAAACCGGUCUGCCCGUUCUUCGGGCACCCGAACCCCCCCGCCCCCUGCCCCUGCCCGCUCCGCCAGGCCUGGGGCAGCCUCGACGCCCUCAUUGGCCGCCUCCGGGCAGCCUACGAGGAGAACGGCGGCGAUCCCGAGGCCAACCCUUUCGGGGCCCGCGCCGUCCGCCUUUACCUCCGGGAGGUCCGGGACUCGCAGUCCAAGGCCAGAGGAAUCAGCUACGAGAAGAAGAAGCGGAAGCGCCGCCCCCCGCCACCGCCGCCGAAUUAACACUAUUCAGCUCGCCCAGCCCUUUCUAUUAAUAGUAAUCUUCUAGAAGCCGUCUGGUUUCUGAAUUAGGUAACCUUUGUAAUUUGCGAAUUAGAUUUAUUGCAGUCAGUUUAUGCUAUUUUUAGUGAAAAUUAUGGUUACUAAAUGUUGGGAUUUUGUCGCCAGGCAAUUUUAUUGAAUGGAGACUCUAUUUUAAUAUAAUUAUAAUUAAAUAAAUAUAUAUAUAUAUGUUAUGUGCCCUAAAUUAU